CGCGCUCUCCGGCCGGGCCAGGCUUCCUGCUCCAGCCAGGGGAGGGGCGGAGGAUUCGGCGUCCAAGGGGAGCCCGGCUGCUGCUCCUCCCGACGACAGUUAUUUACUGUUGCGCUCCCAGCUGCACGGACGGAAGUGAGCGGCAGUUUCCACUCGCAGCAGCAGCUCCAGCUCCAGCUCCAGCUCCAGCUCGGUCCAGCCUGGCGGCCUGCUUGGGGUGGGCGUCGACUCGAGGGCCGCCUUGGGCUGCUCUCGUCUCUCCGGAGCCUCGGGAAUCGGGAUGGGCAGAGGCGAGCCGCGGCAGCCGCGGUCUUGAAGCUGCUCCUGGUGCUUCUGCCGCCAAGAGCGUCGCCAUGGAGUCGCACGACCGAGAGAUGGAGUUCCUGAGCAACAGCAUGGCAGCCUUUGCACACAUCCGAGAUCACCCCGAGAGCUUUGGCCUCUACUUCGUGCUGGGCGUCUGCUUUGGCCUGGUGCUGACCCUCUGCCUGCUGGUCAUCCACAUUUCGUGGCAGCCCCAGGCCAUCCCCCCCAGGCCCCGCCCCAGCCUGCACCACCUCAGUGAGGAGGAGGAGGAGGAGGAGGAGGAGGAAGAAGAGGAGGAGGAGGAGGAGGAGGAGACCCUGGACCCCGGAGCCUCUGAGCCCGCCGCAGUGCCCCUGACAGAGCUGCCGCUGGAGCCCCACAGCAUGCCCGGCGGGGCCCUCGCGGUCAACGUCUUUGCCUCGGCGGAGGAACUGGAGCGUGCCCAGCGGCUGGAGGAGCGGGAGCGGAUCCUCCGGGAGAUCUGGCGCAACGGGCAGCCGGACCUCCUGGGCACUGGGACCCUGGGCAGAGUCCACUACUACUGAGCGGCCCGCCUGCUCAGCCGGGCCCCCUUGCUUUGGACAAGGACGGGGGGGCGGGGGCCAGCCAAGGAGGCUCCCCAGGGCCGGGGCCUCUCCUCCUGCUGGCCGCCCGCUGCCCCUUCCUGCCUGAUGACGCCAGCGCCCCGGGAGGGGGGCCCCUCCGCGGCAGGCCCCACUGCCAAGCUCGUACAUGCCCACGGCCUGCAAGAGAUGCUCCCCGGGGGGGGGCAUCGCUGCAUGUGGCACCCCCAGGCAGGGCUGGGAGAGGCUGCUGCCGGUCCGUGUAGACUCCGCCCAAGGCAGCUUCCUAGGCUCUGCGCUGCUCCGGCACCCUGGGAGCCAGGCCAGCAAGGAAGGCCGGCUGGCAGCAGGCGCCCGGCGCUGAAGUGCUGCCUCUUUCUCCCUGCCGGUGGGUGGCGCCUGCGCACACACACACCCCACGGCCCCCCCCGGAGGCGCAUGGCCAGCAGAAGGAGCCCCUGGGCCGUCUCUCCUGCUGCCCGAGGCUCCGCUUCUCCCUCCCCUCCUCAGGGUGGAGAAGCUGCAGGGCUGGGGGCUGCUCUUCCAUGCCGGGUGGGCGCCCCAGGCAGCCCCCUACCCCAGACCAGCCAGAGGGGGGGCUCACCCCUCACAUGGGGGGCAGUCUUGACCACUGGGCACUGCUGCUGCUGCUGGAAGUGGCCCCUUGUGCUGGCCAGGGCCAGGGGCCAGGCAGAGGGGCCCCAUGGGCAGAGGGCAUCACCCCCCCCCCAGGUGGCCAAGCGGCAGCUUGUCUGUUCUGGAGCUGGGUUUGGGCCGGGUCCCUUCCGAGGCUCGCCUUCCGCGACCCAUUGGCCGGACCUCUGUGUCUCCUUCCGCUGGGCUGGAGUCCGUCGACUUCCCGUCUCCCAAGGUGUGCAGCAAGUGAGCGGAUGCAUGGAGGCCCCAGAUGGGGCGGUGGGGGGCAGAGAGAGGCUGUUGGGCUCACGGGGGGGGGUGAGGUCUUUGCCUUUCCCUCCUCUGUGUCUCUCCCCCCCCCCCGCCCCGCAAGGAGAAGGUUUGGCAAGUCCCAGAGACCUGAGGCCGGCCACCUCCUCACCAGGUCCUGGGAAUCCCUCCCUGCUCCAGCUGGGGGGUUCUUGCUCAGUCCUCCCGCCUGUGGGAAAGGCCAGCCUUCCCACGCUCCUCCUGGCUGGCUCUUGGGAGGACAGGCUGCACCAGCCGCCCGGCAGGGGAGAGUUUGGCUGGGGGGGGGGGCUGGUUGGGGGAAGAGUUUCCCCCUUUGUGGCCAUGAGUCUCAGUAGAACUCGAGGAAGCCUGUGGGUCAUUGUGCUUGGGGACGGGGGGGGGGGGGGCGCAAGGGCCGGCCCCUGCCGCUCCCUCUCCCUCCUCAGCCUCAGUUCGGCCUGCUAAAAAUAGCCCACCCUCUCCUCCUACCUUCGCCUGUAAUUGGAGCCAGAUGUUUGCCAGAUGUUUUUCCUGCAGGCCAAGGGGGCCGCCAGAAGGGCUGCCUGGAAUGCGAGGGGGAGGGCGGAGGCAGCCUCAGUUUGCAGAGGAGGGGAAUCAGGCUGACUCCAGUGCUUUAGAAAUGUGGCAGCGGCCGCCACUGGGGUCAGGCCUGCCUGCCUGCCUUUGAGCCACCCCGCCUGUCUCUUGGGAAUCCCUUCCCCCUGCAGAGACCCCCUUCGGAGCCCUGCCUCCCCACCCCACCCCCUUCUGCAAGGGUUGGGCUGCCUUGGCGACAUCUGGGCUCAGCAGACUUGGGGGGCAGCGGCCAGAGCCCUUUCCAUGCGGAGGCCUUGGCCCACUCCCCAACAAGCCUCCCUGAAGAGCAGGCAGGUCUCCGGCUCAAGCACCCAGAAGAAGAAGAAGAAGGGGCCAAGGCGGCCCGCCCUGCCCCACAGCCUCUGCCCAGGCACAGCAGCAGCAGCAGAGGGGGGGUGGGGAGGCGUCCUUGUGGCCCACGCCUGGGAGCAGGUCAGCCAGGCCCUUCCUCGGGCUCUUCCAGGCAGCGGGGCCGAGGAGGACGAGGCGGUGUCAUUUUGAACACUCUCUGUGAAUAAAUGGUCUUUUCAAA